GGAAAGCUCUUCUCUUUAGGACGUGCUUAAAAUUCGUGUGACGCCAUAUAAGUGUAUCCACACUUCCAUAGUACAUCAUUAAAUUGGGGAACAAUCAUUACAUGAUCUUCAGACCAUGAAGGUCCAUCAUUCCUUAGGAUUGCUUCUGGCGUGUUUUGGCGUUUGGGCAUUCCCAAUAGAUGAAGUUCCAGAUUUCCCAACAGGUUGCGAAUAUGAAGGAGCGCAAUACAAGAUUGGCGACAAUUUCCAUAAAGGUUGUGAGGAAAAAUGUGUUUGUGUGGAGUUUAAUGGAUUCCCAGUUCCGAAGUGUUCGCCGAUGUGUGAACACACUGACACCCUCUGCAAUAUGAUUCCGAACGUAAAGGCUGACCCUGAGAAAGGAACGAACUGCUGUAAAAUACGGGAUCCAGCUUGUACAGAUUGUGUUGUUGAAUCGCCAGUGGACUCUGGCAACGUUGUUCAAAUUCCAGCUGGUGAAAGGAGAACACUUGAAACAGAGUGGUGUCAAUGCAACACAGACUCCUCUGUUAAGUGUGGGCCGCUGGAGGAGUUACCUGUGGAAGAAGCAGCAGCUGAGGAAGUGAAGUAGUCUUUUCUGCAGUCCCAUACAUAAAACACCCAAGAUCAGAACUCACUCAGUGAUAUUUCUUUAAUGAAAGAAUACAUCCAACAGAAAUCUGCGCGUAACUUUUAUAAGAGGACAUAUUAACAUACCUGUAUUUCAUUGGUCUAUUGGUUUUAAACUAUAGCUAAAUAUACAAGUAUAAACGUACUGUAGUUACAUCGCGACCUUAACCUCAGUCUCCAUCCUCCUUUGUGGCAUGAACAUCAUAAUUACCUCACCAUUUUACCAUUUCACCUGUAUAGGGCUUCUACCUGAUAAAACGGUAAUAAACUGAA